CAGCAUUGACGGACUUGUAUAAGUUAGUUUACCGCGGGUCCGCGGGGCUCUCUUGCGAUGGAUCUCCAUUUAGCGCUUUCCCCGCCACCUCGCGGUCAUUUAUUAUCCCCGGCGCCACAGGACGUCAAAGAAGCGUGCAAUCUUCUUCUGUAAACAAUUGACGCAUAUUGUUUCACCUCGACAAUGGACUACGCACUGGAAAACUACAGCUCUUUCAUCGGGAAGCCGACCUCUGAGCUGCCCACUCCGUCGUUCGUCAUCAGCUUGCCCGUGCUGAAACAGAACAUCGAGACCCUCCAUCGCGAUGUCGAGAAGCAUGGCAUCCUGUUUAGGCCUCACGUCAAGACACUCAAGACCAUUGAGGUAACGAGAUUGAUGCUUGCAGGAGGCAAAUACAGGUCCAUCAUUGCGUCAACCCUGGCCGAAAUCAGGGGCGCCCUGCCCUUGGUCAAAGAGGGUAUCUUGGAUGAGUGCCUUUACGGCCUUCCCAUCUACCCAGGCAUUCUGCCCAGGCUUACGGAGCUACGAAAGUCACUGCGCAUCCUCCUGAUGGUCGACAAUGAGCAGCAGAUAUCUCACCUAGAGAAAGCAGGCGAAGAAGCGCCUUGGGAUAUCUUCAUCAAGCUAGACGUCGGUUCACACCGAGCCGGUGUCGCAACCGACGGCCCCGCACUCCGCAGCUUGGUGGAACGCGCAGAGGCGUCAUCGGCGGUGCAGAUCUACGGCUUCUAUUGCCAUGCGGGACAUUCAUACGCCGGUCGCUCACGCAACGAGGCCGAGGAUGUUCUUGGUGUGGAAAUAUCCAGCGUUCUCGACGCUGCCAAGCUGCUUCCGGCUGAUCGCGAGCUUGUCGUCUCCAUCGGCUCGACACCCACUGCACAUGUGGCAGCGAACUUGAAGGCCGUUGUGCCCGCGAAUGUUAAGCUCGAGUUACAUGCAGGCAACUUCCCCUGCAACGACCUUCAGCAGGUUUCGACUGGGUUAGUGAGCGAAGCUGCCCAAGCAACAUACGUGGCAACGGAGGUCUGCAGCGUCUACCCUGCCCGAAACGAGGCGCUCGUUAACGCGGGUGUUAUCUCACUGUCCCGAGAAUCCAGUGCCUUCGCGGGCUUUGGCCAAGUUGUGGGGCAUCCAUCGUGGAGAGUUGUGCGGCUGUCGCAAGAGCAUGGGAUUUUGGGAACCGAGGACAAGGAUCAGACAAUCGAUGAGGCCUUCAAGGUUGGUCAGCGGGUGAACUUGUGGUGCAACCAUGCCUGCAUCACAGCUGCGGCCUUUUUCGUCUACUUCGUUGCUGAUGAGAACAAUAUUGUCCGUGAGGCUUGGAUUCCCUGGAAGGGUUGGUAAUAUGCCAUUAUUGUUUUUCAAUUCAAAUAAAUUCUACACUGGGAUAAACUGAGCAGAUGAGUUUUUAAUGACUGCAGAAUAGUAUUUACAGGAAGCAAUGACUGGUGCUGCUCUACCAUGAGCUAUUUAACCACGCCAUGCUGGAAUGACACAAGUCUGAUUCA